GUAUAUAUAAACAUGCACUGCCACCUAUUCUCUUAGAGCUCUCUCUCUCUCUCUCUCUCUCUCUCUCUCUCUCUCUCUCUCUCUCUCUCUCUCUCUCCAACACUAAGUGGCCAUAAUGAACCACACCUCUACCCUCUCAUCCUCAAUCUCAGCCCUUCAAUGGGUGGGCAAAAAUGCAAUCAUCCCUACCCUCCCAAAGAUCCUGUUGGACCCCACACACCCCACCACUCUACUCCUCCUACUUACCUCCCUCUUCUUCUUUCUCUACCACAUCCAAUCAAAAAAUCCUAACAAAAAGCAAAAUGUAGCCCCUCUCCCUCCUGGCCCACUGCCCUGGCCCAUCAUCGGCAGCCUCCCAGACCUCACCUGUAACAAGCCAGCUUUCCGUUGGAUUUUAUCCCUAAUGAAGGAAAUGAAUACAAGCAUUGCAUGCAUCCGUCUUGGCAACACUCACAUAAUCCCUGUAACAUGUCCUGAGAUAGGCCGUGAGUUCUUGAAAAAACAGGAUGCAAUCUUCGCAUCCAGGCCACUCACAAUGGGGACCGAGUACUCCAGCCGUCGAUUCCUCUCCGUUGCAACCGCUCCUUCAGGUGACCAAUGGAAGAAGAUGAGACGUGUGGUGGCCUCUGAGAUCUUAAGCCCGGCGAGACUCCGAUGGCUACUUGAUAAAAGGACCCAAGAAGCUGAUAACCUUUUACAUUACAUCUACAACCAAUGCAAAACCAACUCCACCGGUGCAGUCGUGGACGUUAGAGAUGCUGUUCGGCAGUAUAGUGGAAAUGUCAUAAGGAAGAUGAUGUUCAACAGGAGAUAUUUUGGGGUGGGCCGUGAGGAUGGUGGGCCCGGCAUAGAGGAAGAAGAACACGUCGAGGCUCUCUUCACUGUACUCUCUCUUCUCUACGCCUUCUCUGUCUCUGAUUACAUGCCUAAAUUACGAUGGCUGGAUCUGGAUGGCCAUGAGAAGAUCAUGAAGAGGGCGAUCAAGAUCGUUAAUAAGUAUCAUGAUCCUAUAAUCGACGGUCGGAUCAAGAAAUGGAGAGGUGGCCAAGGUGGGGUCCACGAGAAGGAGGAGCCGGAGGACCUACUCGACCUUCUGAUAUCUGUGAAGGAUGCUGAUGGGAAGCCGUUGCUAACACCAGAAGAGAUUAAAGCACAAACGGCGGAUCUGAUCUACGCAUCGGUCGACAACCCAUCAAAUGCCGUCGAGUGGGCCAUGGCUGAGAUGAUCAACCAACCAGAUGUUCUCAAGAAAGCAGUGGAAGAGGUGGACAAGGUGGUGGGGAAAGAAAGACUCGUCCAAGAAUCCGAUUUUACUCAUCUCAAUUACAUCAAGGCCUGUGCUCGCGAGGCGUUCCGGAUCCAUCCGAUCGCACCGUUCAAUCUCCCCCACGUGGCGACCGCUGAUGCAACCGUCGCGGGCUACUUCAUCCCAAAAGGCAGCCAUGUGCUGCUGAGCCGGAUCGGGCUGGGCCGCAACCCUAAGGUGUGGGAUGACCCGCUCAAGUUCAAGCCAGAGCGCCACCUGAAGGAUCCAACGGCUGAAGUCGAGCUCAUGGAGACGGAUCUACGGUUCAUAUCAUUCAGCACGGGCCGACGUGGCUGCAUGGGCGCCCCACUCGGAUCGGCGAUGACCGUCAUGCUGCUGGCCAGGCUUCUUCAAGGAUUCACUUGGAGCACGCCACCUGGCGAGCCACGUGCCGAUCUUGCUGAGUCAGCAAAUGAUCUGUUUCUGGCUAGGACUCUACGUGUGCGUGCUGAGCCACGCUUGCCAGCGCACAUGUAUUUGGCACACUAGUGGGACCCUCUCAUAUAUGAAUUUUUCUUUUCUUUUUAGGUGUGUGAAAAAGAAUACAAAUAGUUGGGAGGUUUCUAGAUGUUGAUCAGCAUCUUGUGGUGAUCGGGUCCGUUCAUCUGGUUGGGCCCACUGUGAAUGGGCCCCUAGCUAAAAAUACUUACUGAUAUUACAUUUUCAUAAUAGAUGCAAAAGAUGGCUAAAAGAU